CGCGUUGCCAUAGCAACACGCGCUGUUGGCGGGGGCCACGCCGGAGGCACGCCGGAGCGUACACACACCAUUAUGCCGUCGAACUGCCCGCGUAUGGAGCCCCCGCGCUGUCCGGCCGGGGACCCCUGCAAAUGCCCGUGUUUGAACCCCGAGGCGGUGACCUACAUGCAGCCGCUGCCGCCGCCGUCCUGCGCUCCGAAGCACCAAUAUCGGCACCCUAAGGUGGCCGUCGACGGGAGCACGGUGUACAAGAAGUCGUACCCGGGCUUCCCACCAGACGUAGCGCGCCUUGCAAAACCGGACUUGUGCCGCCCGGAUCUCGGCCCUAUAAAGGUCCCGGGGGUCAUCGACGGGAACACCACAACUUCGCUCAGCUACCAGUACCCGCGCGGCACCCGCCCGCUGCCGUGCCGCCCCUUCGGCAGCAACCUGAUGGGGAGGGGCCCCAUGCAGGACGCCACCACGCAGAAGAUCGACUACUCCCCCAAGCCCUACUGCAAGCGUGACCCUUUUGCCGAUCCUCGCACGCCUUUCCCCGACGCCCCGAUGGAGGGGUGGACGACGACGCGCCUGUCCUACGCGCACCCGGAGGGCGCGCAGCCCGCCCAGUCCAUGAAGCCGGUCGUCAAGGCCAGCAGGGUGCCAUGCCCCGUGGACGACAAGACGACCCAGAAGCUGAGCUACGUACAGCCAGCGCUCCUGCCCAAGGAGGACUACCCCUGGAUGCAGAAGGGCCGGUACCACCGGCCGUGCGUGCCCUUCGCCGGGCACACGACCUACACGAGCAGCUUCGUCCCGCCCGGGGUGUGCGUCAAGCUGGACUCUCCAUGUAAGGACAACGCCGGGACCAGGAUCAGGCCGCCGCGGAUGCGUGCUGGCCUGUCACGCGUCCGGUCGCGGUCACGCGGCCGUGCGCCGCGCCGUGCUCUCCGCUUUGCCGGUCAGCAGACUCCACGCUGCCGCGUAUGCGCCUCCGGUUGA